AUGUCACACAAAAUUAAAGUAGACGUAAAUGAAGAUGAAAUAUAAGUAGGUGGAGAGAUGAUACUUUGCUUGGCAGAUUAACAAUUGUUGGAUGGUGAUCAAUUAAACGAAGUAGACGAUGUGCUUGAAAACGAUCUGAUUAAAGUUUAGGAUCAGAUUAAAAAAAAUGAAAAAAAGCACAUUAUAGUUAGAAAUAUGAUGGCGAAGAGAAGAAGGAAAUCUUAGAUAAGUACGAUGAAAAUCAAAAUAGAAAAAGAAGGUUUCUAUAUUGCCUCUGAUGGAAAGUUAAUAGAUGAACCAAAGUAGAAUGAUUUAUAAGCAAUCAAAAGUAAACUAAACAAAAAUUAGCAGAUUUCAUUGAAUGUAAUAGAUAAUGUGGCAAGUGAUUAUAAGCCAAGUAUUCCAACUACAUUGAUUAAAAAGAAAUUUCAAAAACCAUAAUAAGCAAAUCCAUUUGCUGAAGAACGAAUAUCUAAGAUAGAUAAGGCUAUAUUAGAGGAAGAUGAUUAUGAAUUAUUACAGAGAUCCAUCUUAAAUUAAUAAAGAUAGAAAAUGAAUUAGCAAAUACAAAAACAAGAAGAUAAUAUUAAGGAGCUCAUGGAUUAAAAUAAAUAGAAAGAGGAGGAAUUGCACAAGAUAAAAUAGAAUGAAUUUAUGAUUCCAUAAGUAAAGAUUCAAGGAAGUGAAGUAUAAGAAAUUAAAGUCAUUGAAUAAUCAACUGAUUUUUUAAGCAAUGUUAAGACAGACAAGGAAAUGGAGGAGAUUAAUCUCAGAAUUAAUACAGGAUAUUCAAUCAGAGAUACUAAAAAUGGAACAACAUCAGUGGUAAAUGUUAGAUUACCUACGGAAAGAAUAGUUGUAUAAAAUAGAUAAUAAUAAUCAAAAAUGGAAUUGGAGAAUAUAAGGGAAGAGAUUUAAAAAAAUGAUAUAUUUGUAGAGAAAGAGGAAUAGCAAGAGGAGUAAUAAGAGAAAGACAAUAAUGAAAUUAAAAAGGAUGAGGAUGGCAUAGAGUUUUUGGAGGAAGGGUAACAUGUUCAUGGAUUAACUGCAACUUUGGGGUUACUUAGAAAGAGAGGAGAAUUGAAUCCAUCGAAGUAUGACUAUGUUGGGAGAAAUAAAGAUCAGAGAGUUUUUAAAGAUCAAGAAUAAAAGGACGGGGAAAUAAAUUUAGUUUAUAGAGAUCAUUCUGGAAAAUUAAUGACACCUAAAGAAGCAUUCAGAUAUUAGUGUUGGAUAUUCCAUGGAGAUGGUCCAAGUAAGAACAAAAUAGAGAAAAAGAAGAGAAGCGAAUUAAUAAGACAAAAAUAAAAAAUGAGGGCUCAAUCAGAAGGACCAUUGAUGCAGGCUUUGAAGGAAGAGUAAAAGAAGAAGGGAGUUGCACACUUGGUGAUAGGGAAAAAGAAGUAAUGA